UUGAACGUGGCGGAGCGCAUGCGCAGAGCGGUCAGUGUGAAUUAGCGGUAGCUAGCCGAGCUCAGUUUCUCUCUCUCUGUUUAAACACGUUCUCUCGUUUCAGUUCUUUGGGAUUCACGUGAACCGCGUCAGAGAACAUGCCCAAGAAUAAAGGUAAAGGAGGAAAGAAUCGGCGACGUGGAAAGAACGAGAAUGAGUCUGAGAAGAGGGAGCUGGUGUUCAAGGAGGACGGACAGGAAUACGCUCAGGUGAUUAAAAUGUUGGGGAACGGACGGCUGGAGGCCAUGUGCUUCGAUGGCACCAAGCGGCUUUGCCACAUCAGAGGAAAACUCCGGAAAAAGGUUUGGAUUAACACGUCAGACAUCAUCCUGGUCGGACUGAGAGAUUAUCAGGACACUAAAGCCGACGUCAUCCUGAAGUACACGGCAGAAGAGGCUCGUAGUUUGAAAGCUUACGGAGAGCUGCCGGAGCACGCCAAAAUCAACGAGACAGAUCCGUACGGACAAGGAGACGAUGACGAGGUUCUGUUCGACGACAUUGGAAAUGAUGAUGAGGAGGUUGAUGAGAUCUAAAGACCUGCUGCUCGGGGGGGGAGGUGGGAUUUUACUAGAGAUGCUCCCGUUGGGAUAUUUUGAGCCGAAACACCGCACCAAUAAUUAUUAUUUUUUCUUAAGAUCAGCCUCUGCCAAUCCAGCACAGUUUAUUAACAGUAUGUUUCCAUCUCCAGGUUGUUUACCAUCAGCAGACGUCUUUGUCGUUUGAAGAACUUUAAGUGCAUUUCACAGGGGGGAGGGGGGGGGCAUCAGUACUUAGAUGUAGUUGUUUUGAAUGAAGAUGAGAUGCUGCUUCAGUUAUCACCCGUAGCCACUGGAGGGCGCUGCAGCAGGCGACCUGCUCCCGGAUGGUGACGAUGCAGUAAUUCAUUCCGUUGGACUGUAGAAUCCGAGCAGGCUGAUCGGCAGCAUCAUGUUUGGGGAGAAUAUCUGGAGCGUUGCUAGAUUUUUACCUUUUGCUUCUCACGUCAACAGAAAAUCUCAUUCUCAUAGUUCUUUUUUUUCUUUCUUUUUGUAGCCGAAACACUCGCUCCCUGUCGACACCAUGACUGCAAAAUAUCUCACACCGAAUGCGUCAUCUUUUUAAAAUGUAUUUAUAUUCAUUUCACAUUAUGUGGAAUUUAGCAACAAGUACAGAAUCUCUGGAUUCGUCAAUAAAAAGACAGAACUAUGACGUGUUUUUCUUCUUUCUGCAGUCGCCUGGUAGACACGUUUAUAAAGUCCAAGACAGUUUGAAGGCUGUUUAAUAUCAUGGCUUUUCAUUUUGUUGACCUAAUAUUCCACGAACGAUUCCCAGUCAACGAGUUGCUUGUUUUGAAUCGAGCCUCGGCCGAACGGAGGCAAAGAAAAGAGUCAAAUGUAAAAAGAAUCAAAUGUAUUUUUCUGUUUCCCUUGUUCGUGUUUCUGUCUCUUUUUAUCUUCUUUUGUUUCCUCUCAUGUUCUGACCUCUUCGCUGCUCGCUCUGCGGCUGCAACACAAAGUGAAGCUCGACCAGCGGUUCCCAAACUCUUCACCACAGAUACACACCAGUAAAACCUCACCGCUGUGGCGUCUGUCUUACUUCGUCUCUUAACCUCUGGCAAAUUGAUUAUAUAUACAGUAUAUUAUAUAUCUUCUUCUUCUCCCCCUCUGGAAACCUCCCCAUGUUCCCAGAGGGCCCAGCACCUCGGUUUGGGAACCACUGCUCUAGACCACAUGGGGCCUGUUGCUGUUGUAACUCUGAAUUAAAAAUAAUUGUACUAUGAUGUUUGAAGGCUGGUUUCCAAUAAAGAUCUUAACUCGG